UGUGAAAAAAGCCGCGGCGGUGGCACUUCUCGAUCUGUCGUCGUCGUCGUCGUCGUCGUGAGCACGCGAGGAGAGUCUCCCGUCGAGACCGAGAGAGAGAGAGAGAGAGAGAAAGAGCACGUGUACGCGCGCACGAGGUGAUCGCGCGUGCGUGAUCGCGCGAUCAGCGAACGAGGAGAAUCGCUCGGUGAAAAAUCCAGGAGUCAGCAAACGAGGAAAAAAAUCCUUCCCCACGAAAUCGCCGUCGAGACCGUCGCUUUUCCUCGACGACCACAAUCGGCGUCGAGAAAACUCCGGGUCAAUUUUGAUUCUUCGUCGUGGACUUUCGCCACUCCACGAGCGCUUCCUGGCGCGUGGCGAACGGCUUUUUACGCAUCGGUGCGACCUGCAAUUGUCACCGUCGUCGUCGUGGCGUCUCCUCAGCUCUCCCCCUCGCUGCCGCGGUCUCCUUAAUUUAUGAUCCGCGUCGGCGGCUAAAACGCGUUGCGAUCACCGCGAAAGUAAACUCCGCGAUCACGGAGCGACUCCUCCUCCGGAAUGAUGAUUUGAAGACAAGCCCGUCUACGCCGACGCCCGGACGUCGAUAUGCUCGAGGGACAGUGCGAGGAUCGUCUCUGAGACUUUAGAGAGAGAGGAACAUAACAUCCUCGACAUUCUGAACGAUCUGUUCACCGGCCGAGAGCGCGGUGGAUAAUUGCCAGUUGCCCGGCCGAGCGUUUCGAGCUGCACGAUGAUCACCCAAAUGAGGCUCUGGUGGAAGCUGCUCCGCUCCGGCGACAAGAAAGGUGUGUUCGCGGGUUUGGCGGCGCACACCGGGCAGAUUUCCGUGGGACUGUCGCAGGGGUACAGCGCGAUCCUGCUGCCGAAGCUUUUCGAGUCCAACUUCGCCGACCAGUCGCAGGCCUCCUGGAUCGCCUCCCUUGGCGUCGUAUCGAAUCCUCUCGGCGCCCUCGUCGCCGGGCUCUGCGCCGAGUGUUUCGGCCGUAGGUCCGCGAUCGCUCUGGCCACACUGCCGCACGCCGCCGGCUGGCUGCUGAUCGCUCUAUCGAGGAACGUGUCGAUGCUGUACGCCGGCAGAUUCGUCAGCGGCAUCGGCACGGGAAUGGCCAACGGACUUUACCUUUACGUCAGCGAGGCGGCAGCAUCGGAUCAGAGAGCUUGGCUCGCGAGCUGCGGCCCGGUUCUAGUCUCAUUGGGCGUGCUGAUGGUGUACACCCUGGGUGCUGUCACCACGUGGCAGAGGACGGCCGCCAUCAGCAUCGGACCCGCGAUCCUGUCGCUCGCGUUAACUCGAAUGCUGCCGGAAACUCCAGUCUGGCUGGCAGCGAGGGGCCGCACGGACGAGGCGAAGGAGGCCCUUCUGUGGCUACGUGGUCCCGGAUUGAACACCGAUAAAGAGUAUCAGGAACUCUGUGAGGCGCAGCAAAAACGGAAGGAGAAAAAGGAGAGCUUGCUGCGUGCGCUGCACAAGCCGAACGUGUGGAAACCGUUCCUGAUACUCCUCGUCUUCUUCGCUCUCCAACAGCUGUCGGGCAUUUACGUGAUCCUCUUUUACGCCGUGAACGUGCUCAAGGACAUCGGUAUAGACAUCAACGAGUACACGGCCAGCGUCGGCGUGGGUGUCAUCAGGCUGUUCGCGUCGAUUCUCGGCGCCGGGCUGGCCAACAACAUCGGCAGGAAGACCUUGGCAUUCGUCAGCGGGUCCGGAAUGGCCAUCGCGGCUACGGGAGUCGCCCUUUCCUCCAGGUUCGUCCUUCCGUCGUGGGUGCCUUUACUGUGCAUCGGGACUCACGUGGGCGCGUCUAUGAUCGGCUUCCUUACGCUACCUUGGGUGAUGACCUCGGAGCUGUAUCCGCUAAGGUUCCGGGGAAGUCUGGGCGGUUUGACGACCAGCAUCGUGCAGAUACUGACGUUCGUCACGAUUAAGACGUAUCCGGACCUAAGCACAACCCUCGGUUUGGAGUUUACGAUGUGGAUAUUCGCCACGGCCGGUCUACUCGGCGCUACUUUCGCUCUGACGAUAUUACCGGAGACUCGGGGUCGCAGUCUGGACGACAUCGAGAUGAAGUUCGCCAACAAGUCCUGCAAUAACAAAUCGGACACCGGCAAGAUCUUCUCCAACGUGUGGUCGCAGCCCAACAUCACCCUCCAGCGAUUCGUGUCGAUCUCCGAGGAGAAGCAAUCGAAUAUCGUCGCGAACGCGUAUGCCUACGACAACUUUUGCCUGGAAUUGUCGCCGGAGAAUCUCGAGAAGGGUGUGAAAAGCUCUGAGAAACAACCCAGUACUGAUCAGUGUGUUAUAAACAAUAUCGCGCUCGAGCGUGUGUGCCUUUAAUAGAAAGUUUCCGGGAGAAGCUCGAAUUAGGCGAAAUCGAUAGAACAGUGAUCACGAUUUUCGCACGUGAAUUUGCGAUAUUACUGCUCGAAUAAGCUUAUUUAUUUAUUUUAUAUAAUCUACAGGAGCCGGAGCUCCGUUUGACCCGUGAUUGUAAUUAGAAUCGAUUAUAAAUGUACUGCUUCGCGUUUACCAUCGCCAAAUGUUCCUUCAGUAUUACGGACAUUCCUAACGACGCGGUCUCGAACGUAGAGAUGUACGUAAGAUUUUUUUUAUAAUUGUUUAUAUUACGCGCAACGACGUAUAUUUUUAGCAGUGUCACACGCGAGAACACCUUUACUUACCAUAAUUAUUUCAGCGUUACAAACUUACUUGUAACUACACGUUCUCACGAAUAGAUGGAGAGAAGAGUUUUUGUAAAUAUUUCAUACAAUAUAUUUGUAAAUAUCGAUUA